UUUACACACCGACGGCGGAGUGACCCAUGCAAGCUGUUCUGGAGCAGGUAGGGUAAGUGCCUUGCUCAGGAACACCUUGACACUCAGUUAGUGGGAGCAGGGGACCGCAACCUUCUACUGGCAACCUUCCAGUUACCAGCCAGCCAACCCGCUCUACCUGAGCUACAUGCCGCCCCAGCACACCCCCGCAGCACCUCUGUUCUGUUCCUGGUCUACAUUUAACUUUCAGUUCGGAUGUCAAGGCGUUUCUGGCAGGAGGUCAUCGUUUUUAAACGCCUACACGGGCCAGCCAAUAGACGUUGGCCUACCUGACCUCACUCCAGCUGACCUACUGAGUGUAUACAUCUUACUCCUCAGUGUCCAACUUUAAACUAAAGUCUCUGAUGAGAGUCUGAUGGAUUACGAUGAGGAAUGGCAGCACAACGACCUGUGGCCAAAUGGCAGCUACUCCAACGGCAGCAGCAGUGGUGCUUUGGAAACAUCAUUUUUCCAACUACAUGACAAAAUCCUCAACAUCGUUGUGCCAAUCACCAUGUUCUGUACCAUGGUGUCGCUGGGCUGUACCAUGCAGUGGUCCAAGAUCAAGGAUCACAUGAAGAGACCCAGGGGGAUGAUCCUAGCAGCAGGAGCUCAGUUCGGCAUCAUGCCUCUCUCGGCAUUUGUCCUAGCCAAGGCGUUCAAACUGGAGCCGUUGCCGGCGGUGGCGGUGAUGAUCUGUGGCUGCUGCCCGGGGGGAACCCUGUCCAACAUGCUGACGCUGCCCAUUCAGGGCGACAUGAACCUCAGCAUCGUGAUGACGUCCUGCUCGUCCGUGCUGGCUCUGGCCAUGAUGCCUCUGCUGCUGUACGUGUACUGCCAGGGCUUCCCCGGCCUGGUGGGCUUGGUACCCUACGGCCGCAUCAUUCUCGGCCUGGUGCUGACCAUCGUCCCCUGCACCAUCGGCAUCCUCAUCACCCACUUCAGGCCGCAGUGGACCCGCACCUCCAAGAUUAUCCUGGGUGUCCUGACGGUAGCCAUCCUGCUGAUUGUCGCUGCGGCGGUCAUGACUGUGGGUAAACACAUCCUCCUGGAGAUGAGUCCUUCCCUCAUCGCCAUCGGCAGUCUGAUGCCCCUCAUCGGCUUCAUCCUGGGAUACGGCCUCGCCGCCCUGUUCAAGCUCAAUGAAUCAUCCCGGAGGACCAUCUCCAUUGAAACGGGCUGCCAGAACAUCCAGCUGGCCUACGCCAUUCUGAAGUUGGGUUUCCCGCCAGGAGUCAUCGGGAAUCUCUCUAUAUUCCCUUUCGUCUACGUCCUAUUCCAGCUGAUGGAGGCUGGAGUGCUCAUUCUGGGGUCCAGAUGUUACCAGAGGUACAAGACCAAGCAUAAAGCUGGAGCGGAGGAGCUGUUCCAGCCAACAGACGCCUACAUUGGGGUUGAAGUGGUUAGGGAACACUCACCUGAGACACGCCCCAAAUUAAAAUCCUAGAAGCAAGAUCCUGUUGACAAGGGUUAGCUUGAAGUGGAAAAGGUGACGUCUGUCGAGAGCACGUUCCCUCUAGCCUUAGUGACAUUUGUCACAGUUGGGUCCACUACCUCCUAAUGUGUAUAGAAGUCAGAUGCAAGUACAAUGCUUUGGUUGCUCGGAACUUUUGGUAUGUAAAUGUACUCUUGAUUCAAGUGAUCUUUAGGCCUAAUAAAUAUUUUUCAAA